UAAUAUUACCCAGUGAGAAAUAAGAAUGGAAUCGAUAUCGAAACCAUCAAAUCGUCUAUAUAAUAUAAGCAUUAAAAAAUUUACCUUUAGUUUUUGAGAAUACUUUAAAUAAAACUCUCAAAUCUCCAUGCACAACAAAAAUGAAUAAAUGCUUCUGCUAACAACACAUCUUACCGCAUCGAGCUCAUUACUUGUUAUGACUUAUGACACGUUUGCCAGCAACUAGUCAAUUAUACCAACUUCCAAUGAUUGCCGCUAGAUUGCAAUGCUUUAUUUUAAAAAAUCCCUAUUUCUCGCGUAAUAGGCAUGUACAGGGUCCGGCAAAAUGAUCUCCCACAUUUUGCAUCGCCCCUGUCCCCGAACCACUGAAGAGAGGGGGAGCUUAGCGUAGUCGGUUGGUAGCUCGCGCUUUGCCAUUUCAGUUGUCGUCAUGAAUUGGACGGGCGAGCAUCGUGUUUUCGAAACAUUUAUGAAAAGUAACGAAUCUGUGAUUACGACGCAAAGAACUUUUCGUACUCACUUCGCGCUUGAUAGACAUGCUCUAGUUCCAGAUCGCAAAACAAUACUGUUGUGGGUUUCAAAUUUUAGAGCUACAGGUUCAGCUUUAAAAAGAAAAUCAACUGGUAGACCCAGAAGUGUUCAGACACCUGAAAAUGUUGCAGCUAAUUGCGAUUUUCGAGCAUAUACCGGCUGUAACAGAAGCAUCGCGGGAUUACUAUCAGCAAAGUACAAAUGCUGCAAGUCCUAAAGCACUGGGUAUUGAAUUCGAAUUAAUCCGAGUUAUAGCAAAGGCAAUGAAUUUCAAAGCAGAUUAUUAUAUGCCUUCUAAUAUCGCUAAUGAAAGAUGGGGUAAAGCGGGAGAUAAUGAUAGCUAUACGGGCCUUCUUGGUGAAGCAAUUGCCGAAAAUGCCGAUUUCUUUCUCGGAGAUCUGUAUUAUACAUUGUAUUACUUGAAUUAUUUUGACCUAUCGACGCCGUACAACACGGAAUGUCUUACAUUCUUAACACCGGAAGCAUUAACCGAUAAUUCAUGGAAAUUACUGAUAUUACCUUUCAGGCUGAACACGUGGAUAGCAGUCUUUUGUACCCUAUUGAUGGGCGGCGGAGCUUUUCAUGUGUUUGCGUUGCUCUAUCAGAAAUACAUAGGUUCGCGUGCGUCUCUGAACCACGACAAAAUGAACAAAUACGAUAGCAUGAAAGGUUUGUAUCUGUUCACCGAGUUCCAGAACAGCAUAUUGUACACAUACAGCAUGUUGCUCCAAGUCUCCUUACCACGUUUGCCGAAUGCCUGGACUGUGAGAAUCUUCAUCGGCUGGUGGUGGAUCUACAGUAUCUUAGCAGCCGUCACUUAUCGUGCCAGCAUGACAGCGACCUUAUCACAUCCUGUUGCUAAAGUAACUAUCGACACAUUAGCACAGCUGACUAAAUCAUCGCUAGCAGUAGGAGGAUGGAAUGAGGAGAGUAAAGAAUUUUUCCUCGCCUCUUCGGAUCCACACAGUCAGGAGAUUGGCAAUAAGUUCGAGUUGACGGAAAACGAGGAGGAUGCAAUCGAUCGAGUAGCCAAUGGGACGUUCUGUUACUACGAAAACUCAUAUUUAUUACAGCACGCUCGUGGAAGACGAAUAUUUGAGAAGCAAAAUGGUCGACAGAAUACAACUGAAAAGAACACUGAAUCAUCAGUCAAGUACAAUAUACAUAUUAUGGAGGAAUGCGUCGUCUAUAUGCCAAUUGCGUUAGGGUUGGAAAGGAAUUCUCCACUUAAACCUCAUGUGGAUUUAUUGGUGAGACGAAUGACGGAAAUUGGUUUGGUGCACAAGUGGCUGAGCGAUGUAAUGGAAUGGUCGAAGAUCAAUGAAUCACGGCAAAAAUCUCAAUCCGAAACAGCAUUAGUAAACCUACGAAAAUUGUAUGGCGCUCUUACUGCUCUCGGUAUUGGUUAUCUUCUCAGUUUUAUAGCUUUACUCGGAGAAAUUCUACACUGGAGAUACGUUGUCUUAAGAGACCCAAGAUAUGACAAGUAUCAUCUUGAUAUAUUUUAUAAAAACAGCGAUAAAGCAAAAACUUGAAAACUUUAUUUAAAACACACUAUUUUAUUUCGCAUAGCGGUUCGCAUAAAAGUAUUACAUACUUCGUAUUUAAAAUUGAAAGAUUGAAAGCUUUUUGUAUUU